AUGCGCGUAGAUGCUGCGGCGACACUACUCCGAAAAUGCCGAUCUCCCACGGAGGCGCGGAUUCUCCACUCGCAGAUCGCCAGGGCGGGCCUGGAUCGCAACACAUUCGUCGCGAAUCUUGUCAUUCACAUGUACAGCGUCUGCGGCGGCCUGCGCGAUGCCGAGAACGUCUUCCACAGCGGCGCAGCCCGCCGCAACGUCUACUCGUGGACGAUCUUGCUUCGAGCAUUUGCCCAGACAGAGGAUCUUGCCAGAGCCAGGGACGUUUUCACGCGAAUGGCUCAUCGCGAUGUGGUCUCCUGGAAUGCGCUGAUUGCCGGAGAGGCGCUGGGAUUUUUCCGGGGCUUGGAUCUCCAGGGCGUGGCGCCGGAUUCCAUCAGCUUCGUGAGCGUUCUCGAUGCCAUUGCCGGGAUCGAAGAGCUGGAUAGAGAUCUGGCAAGGGCGAUUGCCAUGGAAGCAAUCCGCCUGGGAAUUCACACCCAGAUCGCUGUCGGGACGGCGCUCGUUGUGGUUUAUGGAAAGAUUGGCGAGGCCGAGAGCGCGGAGCAUUUCUUUGAUCGGAUCAUUGGCAGGAAUGCGAUAUGCUGGAACGCCAUGCUGUCCGCGUAUGCCCAAUCAGGGAAUCUUUGCAAAGCGCGAGAGUUCUUCGACCGAAUGCCUUGCGUUGAUGUGAUCUCCUGGACGACGAUAAUUGAUGCCACAUCUCGCCAUGAACGGCUCCAGGAUGCAAAGGAUCUCUUUGAUUGCAUCAAACAAAGAGAUUUGGCUGUCUGGAACGCUCUACUUUCAGCAUUUGCCCAAAAGGGGCAUUUUUUUGAGUCUAUAGAUUUGUAUGAAAGACUCCCAGCCCACGAUCUUCGUUCAAGAACAUCACUGCUCAUAGCUUACGCUUCGAAAGGUGACAUGGUUUCGUUGCAGGAGAUAUUUCAUCAAACAAGCCACAAGGAUGCCACUCUCUGGAACGCGAUGAUCACAGCACUUGCCCUGCUUGGGCAUAUGCUAGAAGCUCUAGACCUUUUCGAUUCAAUGGACGUUCUCAAGAACAAACUCACGUACAUCAUCGCCAUCGACGCCUGCGGCAGCCUUGGCGAUCCUGAUCGAUGCGAGAGGAUCUUCCACUUGAGCCAAGCCUGCGGAUCCUUGCGUAGCGAUCACGGAGUAUCGUGCUCCUUGAUCAAGAUGUUUGGGAGAUCCGGUGCGGUGGAGAGGGCCGAGCUCGUCUUCGAGCAGAAGAAGCGGCGGAGAGAGCUCUGGAACGCCAUGAUCGCGACGUAUGCUCACAAUGGAUGCCUCGACGAAGCGAUGCUCCUUUUCAAGACAAUGCCCCGGAGAGAUCUUUCCUCGUGGAGCAUCGUCGCUAGAGCUCAAGCCCAGCAGGGACACUUCGAUCAAGCACUGUUCUUGCUCGAGAUCUCGCCAGAGAUCACUAUCGCGGCAUGCAACGCGCUGAUCACCGCGUAUCUCCAGAGAGGCCACCUCGCUAGCGCGAGGCGGGUAUUCGAUCGGAUGGAGCAGCGAGACACGAGUUCGUGGAGCUCGAUCAUCGCGGCCUAUGCCCAGCUCGGUCACUGCGAGGAAUCACUCGCGCUGUUCUGGCAGAUCGACACAACACCCGACCGCGCGACGUUCCUCGCAGCUCUCGAUGCGUGCUCGGGCCUCUCGAGCCUCUCCCACUGCCGCCAAGUUCACGCAGCGGCGGAUCACACUGGCUGGAUCUCCGAUCUCGCCGUGGCGACUUCACUGGUGGCGAGCUAUGGAAAAUGCAAGGGAGUGGAGGAAUCCAAGGCAGUGUUUGAUCGCAUCGAGCACCCAUCCACUGUCUCGUGGAACUCUUUGCUAAGAUCAUAUGCGCAAAACGGGCAUCUCGCCAAGGCCGCGAGUUUCCUCGAGGAAACCAUUCCUUCUCCAGACGUGGUCUCGUUUAACACGCUCGCGGCGGCUUAUAUCCAGCACGGGAGAGUGAACGAGGCUCUGGAGAUUCUCACGAAAAGGAUGCCCUGCUGGGACAGCUUCUCGCACAACACAGCUAUGGCGGCGCAUGCCCAAGCCGGGCAUAUCCACAAAGCAAAGGAAAUAUUUGAGAAAAUGGAGGAGCCAAGCACGGUCUCGUGGAACACCUUGAUUUGUAUCUUCGUCCAAGCCGGGGAAUGCGAGAGUGCUGCUCGGCUCUUUCACCAAAUGGAUCUGGAAGGCGCCCAGGCGGACAAGGUGAGUUUCUUGGCUGUUCUUGACGCCCUUGGGAGGAUCACCGCUCUCCAAAAGGGAAAGCUUGUGCAUGGUGAGCUCCAUCACUCUAGGUUUCAAUCCGACGUGAUAACAAGCAAUGCCGUUGUCAACUUUUAUGGGAGGUGUGGAUACCUUCAAGGGGCAAAGGUGGCGUUUGAGGCAAUGACAAGGCAGGACGUGGUUUCAUGGAAUGGAAUCAUCUCGGUGUAUGCAAACAACGGGCAUUUUGAGGAAACUUUUGAUCUCUUCUGGAGGAUGAAGCUCGAGGGGCUUGAUCCGGACGAAGUCACGUUUGUCAGUGUUCUCUCUGCAUGUAGCCAUGCCGGGCUCUUUGAGAGUGGUAAGUAUAGUUUCCAGUCUCUUGUGCUCGAUCAUCACAUAGCUCCAAACUUGGAGCAUUUCAUGUGUGUGAUCGAUUUGCUUGGGCGAACUGGCCGGCUUGACGAGGCCCAAGAGGUGAUCGAUAGCAUGCCAAUCGAGCCGGGCUCCAUUGCCUACAUGACGCUGCUUGGAGCUUGUAAAACUCAUGGCAAUAAUCGGCUUGGAAACAUGGCUGCUCCAAGCGCCAUCACAAGAGCUUCUGGAGCAUCAACUUAUGUCCUUCUAUCUCAUAUUUGUGUAGAGUGA